AUGAGAAUCAAAAAUUUUUUCAAUUUAUUUAUUAUCAUUUUUUCUAUAAUAUUUUUGAAAUAUUUAACAAAUGCUACAUUAUCAGAUCAUUUUCAAAGGUACAUUUUGAAUAAUCUUGAUCCAGGUUAUUUAAAAUAUUUUACAAGAGAAGAUCUUGGAAAAAAAGCAAGUUAUGGAGGAAAGAAUAAUGAUGAUAAUGUUAUUAAUAGACGACCUGUUAUUAUUAUACAUGGUAUUUCUAAUAAACUUCAACGGUUCCAAGGAAUGAUAAAUAAAUUAAAAGAAAAAGGAUAUAAACCAUGGGAAGUAUAUGGAACAACAUGGGGAGAUGGGGGUAAAACACCGGCAACUUUAGUUACAGCAAGAUGUGAAUACAUUAAAGUCAUAAGACAAUUUAUAAUAGCUGUCUCCAAAUAUACAAAUAACAAAGUAGAUAUAAUAGCAUAUUCAAUGGGUUCCCCAUUAGCUAGAAAAGCCAUUAAAGGAGGCAAAUGUGUAGAUACCGGAGAAUAUUUGGGUUUGCCUCUAAAAAAUGUAAUACAUACAUUUAUUAGUGUUGCAGGAGCAAACUAUGGUUCUUCAUUAUGUAUUUAUCCUAUUCCAAUAAGUGCCUGUAACAAAUUAAAUGGACUAUAUUGCGGAUCAACUUUUAUGGAAGAUACUAAUUCUGAAAAAAGAUAUGAAGGAGAAAAAAUAUAUAGUAUUUUUAGUAUACAUGAUGACAAAGUUGGAAGUUAUGGAUGUGGGAAAUACCUGAGUCCAAUUAUAGGAGGCGAUGGAUAUAUUAAAAAAAGUAGAAUGAAUCACGAUGAGGUAAUGGAUGAAACCAGAGAAAUUCAGAUAACUCUUUUAAAUCGUGAUUAA